GCAAAUGUCACAUGACAUUCAGCCUGUUUCGGAAGUGGAGCAGAAAGAGCUCAAACGUUCAGGGGUGAGCUGAGACGGAUGUAGCGAAUUCCAAAAAAAAGCUUACCCUACGGAAACUAAACCCGUACAAACAUUGUAUUUAGAGCAGAGGUCUAAUUUAAGAAGACAUGGGACUGUACUGACGUCGAGAUUGCAACCCCAAAGGCACGCCUCUUCUCCCUGACUAGUGGGAUUGCCGGCUGCCCUCCCUCACAUGAAGUGCCUGCUGGUCGUCAGUGAGAGUGCUGAGGUUCUGUUCUACUGGACCGACCCAGACUUUGAGCAGAACAUUCGUGAGCAGUAUGGAGUCACUCUGCAGGAGGGGGAGAGGCCCCCUGCUUUUGAAGACAGUAUCAACACUGUGUUCGCUCCGCUCAUCAUCUCCUGCAGCACCAUGAUCGAGAAGAUUGGGGACACCUACUCUUCCUUCAGCACAGAGAACGGGCACCUCUACAUUCUCCACCAGUUUGGGGAGUGCCUGUACAUUGCUGUCAAUGGAGACGGGGAGGAGAGCGAGGAGGACCUGAGGAGGAAGAUCUAUGUGAUGAGAAAGUUGACGGAGGUGCACUUUGGGAUGGUGACACUCAGUGGCACUCUCCUGAGGAAAGAAUUGCGUCCUCAGGACACAGCACAACGUAACCGUCUCUGGAAGAUGAUGCAGAGCCUUUUGGAAACGUACAGCCGUUUACGAAUGGAGGACCAAAGCUUUCUUGUAGAGGCAGUGGAGAGGCUGAUUCACCCGGCUCUGUGCGAGCAGUGCAUCGAGUUCCUGGAGCGCCGGCUGGUGCAGCAGAUCAACAGCAGCGUGGAGCGGGCCGGCGAGGAGGUGUUGCACGCCUUCAUCCUGGUGCAGACCAAGCUGCUGGCCUUCUACUCCAGCCGGAACGCCAGUACAGUGAAGCCGUCUGACCUGCUGGCCUUGAUGCUGAUAGUGCAGAACCUGUAUCCUAUCAACACGGAUCUGGAGGACACUGCCUCAGAGGAGGUGGAAAGCAGUUCUGUACCAGAGGUCUUCUACACCCCAGAACAUUCCCCAGGUGGCAGCAAUACAGCAGGCUCAGCGGGGAGGGACCCGGAGAACGCUCCCGUCUUCCAGUUUGUGGACCCCGAUAUCCAGAUGGCGGAGGACAGCCUGAGGACCCUAGAAGCUCCACCUCCCGACCCUUCAGCCCCUCGCAGGGUCUUCCUGGAAGCCACCUUCAGAGAGGGCUACUGCUCCAUGAUGCCUCACUCCAUGUAUUGCCGGCCGCUCUGGCCCGGCCUCUCGCUGGUGCUGCUUACGAAGAUUCCCAACAGCCAGGUGGCGAUCCAAGUCUACUACUUCUUGGAGCACUUCACCUCCCUGGAAAAAAAGCUGAGCGAGGAGCCGGAGGGCAGCGUGCUCUCCCGCACGCUGUCCGCACUGCUGGAGCUCCGGGGCAAGCUGGACAAGUUUGUCCGGGCUCUGAACGGCAGCGACAUCCAGUUUUCACAGCUGCAGAACACCUGGACAGAGUUUAAGAGCAAGGCGUUCUCAAGAGGAGGCCCGGUGAACAGUAGGGAGCUGCUGCCGCCCUGCCGCGCCGUGAAGAAGCAGCUGUGCGCCGUCUACAGGCAGUACUUCCUGGCAGAGCAGGCGGGGAGAGCGCAGCGCCUGUCUCCGAGCCUGCAGGAGAAGGCCUUGGCCAUGGUGCAAGACAAGCUCGUGGAUUGGAAGGAUUUCCUGUUGGUGAAGAGCAAGAGGAACAUCACCAUGGUGUCUUACCUGGAGGACUUCCCGGGCCUGGUACACUUCAUCUACGUGGACCGCACAGCGGGUCACAUGAUCGCGCCCUCCCUCAAUGUGACGGACCGCUCCACCUCGGAGCUGGGAAAGGGGCCGCUGGCACACUUCAUCAAGAGCAAGGUGUGGAGUCUGGUGGGCACAGCCAGGCGGUAUCUCCAGAAGGGCUAUACCACAGUCACCCUGCGAGAUGGCGACUACUACUUCUGCUACUUUCUGUGGUUUGAAAAUGAAACAGGGUACAAGCUGGAGGUGAUUGAGCUGCCUGUCCUUCCUGAUGACUCUGCCCCCAUUGGAAUGCUGGGAGUGGACUACUACAGGAAGCUCCUGAGGUACUACAGCAAAAACCACCAGACGGAGGUUGUCAAGUGUUACGAGCUGCUGACCAUCCACCUGGGAGUCAUCCCUACUGAGUACAUCCUGCAGCACUGCUGUCAGCUGGCCAGGAAGCUGUGGGAGCCCUCCCGCAUUCCUCUGCUGUAGGGCAGCCUGGGAGGGACUGCCCAUGGAGCCUCGCAGACCAGUCGCUGACACGCUCGCCUAGAGGCACUGUGCUUUUCAGAUGACUACAUCUUGCCCACACAUCUCCCCUGAGGCCUCCUGCCUACCCUCCCCUCCCUUUCACUGCAUCUCCUUGUCCACAGAGCGUCCACUGAGAGACGCCGCUGGCUUCAGAGCUCGGACACUGGCCUUGCUGGUGGCUCUGUGGAGGUGAAACAACGUCAGUCCUUGUAGAGUCUGCAGUUCUCCGUAAUCUUCAAACAAGAGCGCAGUAUUCAUCACAGUCUUUCUGUCAAUUUUUCCAGCUCCUUUGUUUCCAUGUUCGCAGUAACUAACACGCAGUAGUGUAGCUGCACCCAUUUAUAAACACGAUGCUUUCACAUUCCAUUUUCACUAAAUAAAAUCAUUGGAGGAUG